AUGGUACACAUAAUACUACCUUGGACCUGUUUGGCUCUCUUCUUGUGCUCAUCUGAUGCGCAAGUGGAAACCAUCAAAGUAUUGGUGGUAUUGGUGCAAUGGUCCAAUCACGACAGCCGGACACUCCCUACUCAAAACGACGUGAAUCAACUUUGGAAUGGACCUGGCAACUCGACGUUAGUGCCAGGAGAAUCCGUGGCAGAUUGGAUGAAUUCCAAUUCGUAUGGAAAGUAUCAGGUCCAAGCCGAUGUGGCAGACUGGUACAGGGUCCAAGAAACCGAGGCGGCAGCUUCCUUUGGGGAUAUGGGGAAUGCUGUCAACGGUUCACAGGGUUUGGAGACUAUUCUUCAGCCUGCUUUGGAAAAUACUGGAUUCAAUCUAAGUGAUUAUGCGGACCAGAGUGGUGCUUUAAUUGGCGUAAUCUUUGUCCAUUCUGGAUAUGGGGCAGAACAAGGUGGAGUGGACGAAGAUGGUGCCGACUUUUUGGAUCGAAUCGAAUCCAAAUCAUGGGGUGUCGACGUACAAAUCGAAGACGAUGCUCGAUUACAGACCUUUGCUACAGUAUCGGCCUUCAAGGGCGUUAACGGUACGAAUAUGACAGGUGUUGGCAAUCACAUUCAUGGAUGGAUGCACGCUCGGUUUGGUCUUCACGAUUUGAACGAUCUGGGAGGAAGAUAUAACGACAGUGCUGUUGCUCCUGGUGGCAUUGGUGCCUUUGGAAUCAUGUCGUUUCCCGAAGGACCGGGAUAUGACAAUGCCUAUCCGGGCAUUCUAACACCCUACUACAAAAUAGAGAUUGGGGUCCUUGAACCUAUUGACAUUGUUGAGGAUGGGGUUUACCGUGUCAAUGCAUCCAGCCUAGAGCCCGAUGUCUAUCGAAUACAAACACCCUAUCCACUAGGCGAAUACUUGUUGAUCGAAAAUCGACAACCAAUCCUUUCCGACUCCAACAUUUGGGCUCCGGGUGGCAUUGUCAUUUAUCAUAUUGACGAAUUGGCCGAUGGAAACAAAGUUCGUGGCGGACCCUUUGUCGAAGGAUGGCCAGGGAAUGGCGACCAUUACAAGGUCGCCGUCCUUCAAGCAGAUGGCUUAUACGAACUGGAACAGGCUUUGAAUCUAGGGGAUCCAAAUGAUUUCUGGAAGACUGGAGACAUUUUGGGCCCCGGAAACGGAGAAGCGGUGGCCACCGACCAAGGGACUUAUCCGAAUACGGAUUCCUAUCAAGGCGGCAACAUCCAAGUGACGGAGGUCACCAUUUUCAAUUUCCAAGACGAGGGGAACGGCGAGUGGAGCUUUGAGGUGACCGGAAUUGCGCAAAAAAUCAAUAUACCACCGCUAUUCGUUCCCGAACCCGUUCGAUGCCCUAGCUACUCGGCCGAUUGGUAUCCAGGACCCACCUUUGAUUGCAAUUGCAAAGACGAUUGCGACCCAACAAAUGACCGACGCUUGUUUUGCAGUUGUGACGAGGGCGCUGCGUGCUGUGCACAAUCCAACGCCCCAUCCGAGACGCCCGGAGAACCAUCCAGCUUCCCAUCUCUUGCACCAUCCUCGGUACCUUCCCUACUCCCGAGCUACGUCCCCAGCGACCUUCCGAGCACGAUUCCCAGCCAUUUUCCGAGCAAUGUUCCAUCCAUACAACCCUCCGCCCCUUCCAAUAAUGAAGUAUUACAAGGAAACAAUCCGCCAGCCGAGGAAGAGGCUUCCUCCGGCACUGCUAUUGGAUUAGCGGUCGCUGGCGUGAUUCUCUUUGGAGCUGUCGGAUACGUCGGUUACCUUCAAUGGAAGCAAAAGAAAGAAAAUGGACAAUCCCCAAAGAAUACUCAAGAGACCAAGACAAAUAAUGAACAAGUAGCACGGGACGAGUCCUUUGCAGAUGAACCACCCCCUCAGCCCUUGGCACAGAAGCCGACUUGGCGUGAUCCUGACAGCGAUGAUAGCGAUUCUUCCAGUGCUCCUGACAACGAUGUCGAAGCUGAAGCCGACGUCAAAGCUGAUUCUGAUUCUGAGUCAGACUCUGAUUCUGAUUCCGAUUCUGAUUCCAGUUAG